AGACGAAUGUAUACGUGCAUAUACGUAGGUGUAAUUUCUCAUUUCAUUUCUUUGAUCGCUCGUGUUGCCGAGAAAUAAAUUUUCCCGCGUCCGAUUUGAUGAAGGAAGAAAGAUAAGGGGAAAGAGAAAGAGAGAGAAAGAGAGAGAAAGAUAAUCACAAAGUGAAGUAAGUAAUCGUCGUGAUUCGAGAAAGGGAAUUCCCUCUUUGGAGAGAGACCUUCUUCUAUAUUCCUUCUAUUCCUUCGAGAAGAUAAGAUAUAAAGGUGAGAAGGUCAGGAAAAAAACGUAUGAAAUAAAAAAGAAGAUUUGAGAUUUGGAUUAUAUAAAGGAAGAAGUAUUUCUGUGUCCCUCGUUCGUCCUGGUUUAAAAGAAGAAGAAAAAGAAGAAGAAGAAUAAUAAUAAUAAUAAGAAGAAGAAGAAAUAACGAACAAACCAACUGAAGGAAGGAAGGAAGGAAGUAAGGAAAAAGGGCACACAAAAGGGUGUCACUAAAAGAGAUUUUACUUCGCGACCCAAAGCAAACUUUCCUACUUCGAAGAGUUUUCAAGGUAUUACCAAAAAGGAAAACAAAUAAAGAAAGAAAGAAAGAAAGAAAGAGAAAAGAAAAAAAAAAGAAAAAAAGGGGUAGCAGUGCGCGUGUUUGUGUGCGUGCUCUAAAUAAUAAUAAUAAUGGCCAAUAGCGAUUGAAUAUCUUCGCAACAAUCUGCGGACACGUUGAUUCACGGUGCUCACGUUGCUCAGGAUUACCCUAGUCAAGAGAGAAAUGGUUUUCCGCAACAGUGAUCGUAGUAAUCGUUGAAUUCGAGCGAAGAGGCUGACAUUCAAUCACGGGAAAAUGAUCCGAGAUUACUUGAUGCUGCUUUCGUGGUUUUGCGCGGUACAAGGAAAGAUAGGAUAUUUCUGGCACAUCACCGACAUUCACUAUGAUCCAAAGUACGGCACCCAGGGAAAUUUUGGGAAUGGUUGCAGAUAUACGAGGAACACCAUCGAAGGGGUUCCAGGGUUUUCAGUGGGUUCAAGUAGACUGGACAGAAAGAUAGGAGGAGGAGGAGGAGGAGGAGGACAGUUUGGUGACUAUAACUGUGAUACGCCAUGGGCACUGAUCGAAUCAGCAGCACAGGCAAUGGAAACAAAACACGAUGAAGGAAUCGAAUUCGUCCUUUGGACGGGUGACGCACUGACGCGUACGGCCCUGACUGACGAGCUUCGACUGCAGUAUUUGCAGAAUUUGACCGAUCUGUUGUCCCGCACGUUCAAGUCGCAAUUUGUGUUUCCUGCAUUGGGACACGAGGAAAUAGGGGUGAGUUUCCAACAGCUAUCUUUGCUUUGGCAGCAAUGGGUACCACAAGAAGCUAUGGAUACUUAUCUAAGAGCUGGCUAUUAUACGAUCGAACAGAGUUCAGAAAAAUAUCUGAUCGUUUUCCUCAACACGAAUCUUUGGAUAGACUUAUCGAAUAAUCGUAAUGCACAACGAACUAAUGGUAUGAACGUCGAUCAUUUGCAAGAUCCAUUUGGUCAAUGGGUCUGGUUCGAAUCUGUCUUAAAAAAAGCACGCAAAGAAGAUAAAGCGGUGUUCAUCGUUGGUCACACACCACCAGGAGAAGACGAUCGUGAAAGCGGUGCUGCAACCCUGAACGAGAGGCACAACGCCAAGUACCUUCAGGUGGUACGUCAAAAUGCGGACAUCAUACGCGGACAGUUCUUCGGGCACUGGCACUCUGACACGUUUCGUGUCAUUUACAGUGACACUGGAAAUCCAGUUUCUUGGAUAAUGAUUGCACCGAGUAUAACGCCCAGUGCACCGGGAGGACCUAACAAUCCAGGAUUGAGACUGUACAAAUUUGAAACUGGUACAGGACAAGUUCUAGAUUAUAAGCAGUAUUAUCUGGAUUUAAUGGAAGCAAAUAAGCAAGGCUCGGCAAAUUGGAAGGUCGAGUAUGCGCUCUUAGAUUAUUACGAUCUGAAAGAGAUAACCGCGAUCAGCCUGCAUGAUCUUGCUGAUCGAUUCACGCAAUCCAGCGACUAUGCUUUCGUAAGGUAUUACGCAGCUAACACGGUGCAUUUGCCGCGCGAAGUGGAAACGAUUUGGGGUUGCGGUGGUCCUCUGAACGGGGCCUGUGCUUUGCACCAUUAUUGUACGGUCACUCGAUUAAAUGCAGAUUUGUACGAGCAGUGUUACGCCUCUUACGCAUUUCCAUUGGCAUCGAGAGGAAUUUCUACAACGUAUUGCAACCUGUCUAUCGUCAAUAGCUUGCUACUUUUACUUAUGUUCUUCGUAAAUCUCCAACAAAAUCGGUAGGAUGCGAAAAGGAUGAACUUUCGUUGAAGCGGCUACGAUCGAAAUUGUUACCUGGCCGCUUAAACGAAUCUACAGAGAGAGAGAGAGAGAGAGAGAGAGAGAGAGAGAGAGAGAGACAAACAGAUCAUUUACAUACACACGCAAACACACACACAUACAGACAGAUAGGCAAACACACGCGUGAACACAUUAUCACAUUUAAACGAACAUACAUAUGCAGUGAUACAAAUACAGCUACGUUUCUUCUUUUAGUCAUCGUGUCGUCCCCGAGAAUCAGGGUCGAAGCGCCCGCACUCUCUUCGUCGAGAUAAGUAAAUCCUCGUUCUAGGAUAGCCGACUAUAAUGGCGAACGUAUCUCGACGUGAAGAACACCGCAAGCGCGAUCUCCUUUGUCUCCUUUUCUUCCUUAUUUCUUUUUCUAACUUUAUCUUUUCUCUAUCUCUAUCUCUUUUUCAUUUUCUUUUUCUUCUCUUUUAUCCUCAUAUUCCUUUUUCCCCCCAUCUAAAAUCUUUUUCUUUCAACCCACAUCGUACAUGUGGGUACUCUUAUUCGAGAAUCACACAUCGUAUCACUUUGUUUUGAAGGAUAAAUGCGAAUAUCGUCGACCGAGAAUGAUUGGAAUCGUUGAAAUUUUCUUACACCUUCAAUCAUUUCUACAGCUUUACUUUCUUUUUCUUUUCUUCCCCCCCCCCUAACCCUUCCUUUCCUUUUUCUCCCUCUCCUUUAACUUCGAAUCGGGUUCGUGCCAUCGGCAAAACGAGAUUCCCAUUUCCAUUUUCAUCCCACAUCCCACCCCCACACCCAGGCCCACCCCCACAGCCGCUACAUUACGAGAUCACGACGAAUCGAACUCGAAAUUUUCUCGGAUCGACGUGACGCGGCUGCUUUCCGAGAUUUUCUGUUUGAACACCCUUCUUAGACCACCCCCCACCCUCCCUCUUUUUUUCUUCUUCUUCUUCUUAUUCUACUUCUACUUCUCUUACUCAUUCUUUUUGUUACAUUGGAUACAUCUUGCAACGUUCCUCGGAUGGCCAGGACGUUGAUCGAACGAAUUUUUUGAAACGCGAAUGACGGAUGAUACUUUUGGAUCUUUUUCCAAACAUUCGUUUGAUCUUUACUUUUUGUGCUAUCAAUUUUUUGUUUUUUUUUUUUUUUUUUUCUUUUUUCUGUUUGUUUCAAGUAGACGUUGUUGUUUCCGUUUAAAGGAGGUAGAGCUUUGUGCGGAGUCGACGAUUAGGAAAUGUUACCACACGUCGGAGUGCAUAGCUUAAAGAGCCAUUAUAUUCGUACCACCAUUUUGCGAUUAUAUUGUCGAAACGAUGCAGUAUUUCUUAAUAAAGGAUUCAUGGAUUUGUAUGAAAAA